AUGCCCGAUCUAAAAAAUCUUUGCAAACUCAUCAUUGAAGAUAGACAUGUGACACAUCGCGAGAUUGAGGCGUCCUUAAAGAUCUCAGAGACAUCAAUUCAAAAAAUUUUACAUGGAGAAUUAGGAGUAAGAAAAUUAGUUUAUCGUUGGAUACCCCACCUGUUGACCAAAGAGCAGAAAGCAGCCAGUGUUAAUUGGUGUCAAAAAACGCUUGACCGUUUCAAUUCCGGAAAUUCAAAAAAUAUGUACAGCAUUGUUAGUGGUGAUGAAUCGUGGAUUUACUGUUAUGAACCAGAAAAUAAACGACAGUCGGCUGUUUGGGUGUUACAAGGUAAAGAAAAGCCAACAAAAGAAGUCAUCCGUUCUCUAAGUGUUUCGAAAAAGAUGGUCGCGACAUUUGUAACUGUCACUGCGGAUUGGUAUACCACCAUUUGUUGGACAAAAGUCAUCACCGAGCUUCGAAAAAUCAACCCCGAAAGAAGCAUCAUCCUCCACCAAGACAAUGCAAGCUCGCACACAGCCCAAAAAACAAGGCAGUAUUUAACGGAAGAAAACGUGGAAUUAUUGGACCAUCCUCCAUAUAGACCCGAUCUAAGUCCUAACGAUUUCUUUACUAUCCCGAAAAUUAAAAACAGACUGCGUGGUCAAAGGUUCCAGUCACCAGAAGAAGCAGUUGACGCAUUCAAAAAUGCCGUUUUGGAUAUGCCAGCAAACGAGUGGAAUAAGGGCUUCGAAAAUUGGUUCGAGCGCAUGCAGAUGUGUAUUAAUCUUCGUGGAGAAUACUUCGAAAAACAAUAAAGUCAUUUAAAACUA